AAAAGCAGCUAAUUUCUAGCUGCUAACUAGGCAUUGAGUGCUAAGAGCUUUAGGGAAAAUGUCAGAUACUAUGGACCGCAUACUGGCCAUACGGAAGAUAGUUACAGUUAGCCGUUGGUUUGGCCUCUGGAAGUGGCGAAAUGAGGACAAUGGAUGCCAGAUAAUGAGGAAAAUCUAUCCAUUUAUUCUGCAUCUGCCACUGAGCUUCACUUACACAGCGCUCAUGUGGAUGGAAGUGAUUAGAUCUGAGGACGUGACGCAGGCUGGCAAUGUUCUAUACAUGGCGCUGACGGUGCUCGUAAUGCUCGUCAAGAUUUUUAACAUCUGGUACGGACGCCAAGAGGCCUUUGCCUUCAUCGAUGAGCUGGAACGGCAUGAAAUCUACAAAUUGCUGAGAAGUGAAGAAUUCGUGUUCUGGAAGCGCGAGCAGAAAUCGUUUCAGCGCAUCUUCUACACCUACAUCGCAGGCACCGUAGCAGUUGCCUUGACUGGCUACUUGAGCGUGCUCUACCAGGAGUCGUACGAACUGCCCUUCACCUAUUACGUGCCCUUCGAGUGGCAGAAUCCGCAGCUCUACUACUACGCCUGGGGCUACAAUGUGCUGGCCAUGAGCUUGUCCUGCCUCUCCAACUGCCUGCUGGAUACGAUGGGCUGUUACUUCAUGUUUCACAUAGCUCUGCUCUAUCGGCUCAUGAAUCGACGUCUGCUGGCGCUGAGGGAAGCGCCCGAGGUGAAGGCUGUUCCAGAGUUGCGACACCUCUUUCAGCUGCACAAGCGCGUUCGCAGUCUCACAAAGCAAUGUGAGACCCUGGUCUCGCCCUACGUUGUCUCGCAGGUUGUACUGAGCGCUUUAAUCAUUUGCUUCAGCCUCUAUCGUGUGGUGCAAAUGGGCAAGUCGAGCACAGGCGGCUUAGCGACGACUCUACAGUUCGUGGGCGUGAUGAUUGUGCAAAUCUUUCUGCCCUGCUACUAUGGCAACGAAUUGACCGUCUCGGCUAAUCAGCUGACAAACAGCGUAUUUAACACCAAUUGGCUGGAGUAUUCGGUGACUACGCGAAAAAUCCUCAACUGCUAUAUGGAGUUCCUGAAACGUCCUGUCAAACUGCGUGCGGGCAUGUUCUUUGAAAUAGGUCUGCCCAUAUUUAUGAAGACCAUCAAUAAUGCAUACAGCUUUCUGGCCUUGCUCAUCAAUUUGUCCAAGUAGCCGCUGUGCCCCGGAGCUUCACCUCACCCACCUCACACAAUCUCUCUGAUGCUCUCUAGUCGACUUUAAUAAUUGCCCCACUCAUUUCAAUGCUGUCUCUAAACCCAAAAACUAGGCACAUCAACGCUGCGCAUAAAAGCUUAACACCAAGCCCCCAAAAAAAAAGAAAAAACAGGAGAAGUUGAAGCAGCAGCAGAGUCCUAACCCAGACGAGGCAACGGAAACACUUUUUGACAAUAUAUAUAGACACUGACAGUGCAACAUUUGCAGCACAUAAAAUAAACACAAAGCAAAAUGUAAUGUAUAACAACAAUAAGCAACAAGCUCAACAACAAGUAGGCGUGAAUGCGUUGGGUGUACACGACUAGCAGAUACCCGAAGACCGUCAUCAAGGCAUAUGCUAUGCACACACAGACACACACACAAACAUAAGCUCCACAUACUGAUGAGGCUGUUUUUCCCUCCGUUCUCUACUAUGAUAAAUGGUUUAAUUGAACUCUGGUUCCAGAUAUCCCAUUUGAACGAAAUGCUCAG